CCCGUACGUCGAUUGCAUUUGUCAAAAGUGCUUCAAGUGUCAAAUGCAUUUGUUGUAUUUGUCGAAAAAACAAGCAGUGAAGCUAGCAAAAUAGAAUUCUUUCUCCCGUGCAUUGGUUUCAUAUUUUUGUACCCUUUGCAUUCAAACUAGUACGGUGCAUCGAGUCGUCAGUUGCAACGCUUAUCAGUCCGCAUACGCAGACAGGCGCGAGUGUUGGAUUUGGUGGUGUGCUGUGUUGCGUGUGCGAGAUUGAAGAGUACACGGAACAUGGAGGAACCGCAGGAAGCGAAACACUCAACUACAGUGCAUGCAGCGGCCGAACCAGUACAACGGUCACCCGAUGGAAGAAUGGUAGUAAUCUGCCGCAUUUGUCUUUCCACCUGUCCGCGGAUGAUAUCCAUUCACAGUCCGGUUCCGGAGUACGAUCAGAAGACACUGUACGCCAUGCUGUUGUCUGUUUGUCUACCAUUGAACCAGCGCGAAACGGUACAGGGCUUUCCGGAGCAAAUUUGUCGUAACUGCCAAUGGAAGCUACUGUCGGCGUACGACCUGUACGAGACAACCCUGGCCAGUGACGAACAGCUGCGAGCUCAGAACGAACUGGGAACGGCCGUGAAGGUAUCAAGGAACCCGCAGAUCAGCGAGGUGAUAAAGCCGGAUAGCGCCCCUGUACCGCCGAACGUGACCAGCGAUGGUCUCAUGCGCGUAAAGGAAGAAACUCCCGACGAUGGAUAUGAGGAACAGUACGGACCGGGUAGUAGAACCGAAUACGAUAGCAGUACGAUUUACGAACCAAGCGAAGAGAUGGAGGCCAUUAGUGUAUACCCAGUCGUUUCCAUGCUAGUCCCGCAUAGCGAACAGAGACAGGAGGAAGCGGUGCCUGGUCCCGUGUUGGUGGAAUCGAAACCUCCGAUCCCGGACCCGCUGGAAAGUUUCAUCGAGGAGCACUAUCAGGUAGACGAGGGUAAUGGCAAUCAUGUGUGCGGACUAUGCAAACAGGACUUCCCGUACAAGAGCCAGUGCCGUAUGCAUAUUGUGCAAAAGCACAAUCCGGCCAAACCGUUCAAGUGUGACAUCUGUUUCUGCACGCUCACCAGCCAUCUGCGUCUGGUAAGGCACAAGAUCGUCGCCCACGGUGCUGGCCAGAUCAAGCGCGAAGACGUUAUAGAGGCGCAGAACGACAGUACGGGCGAGAUGACGUACACCUGUCCGAUCUGCCGGAAGGUGUUCAACUCGUCCGUACGCUUCAAGCGCCACAAGAACGUGCACGUCGUGCACAAUCGACCGUUUAAGUGUGAGGUGUGUUUGUACCGGUUCGCCACCAAACCUCAGCUCACGCAGCACGCCAAGGUACACGAAACGAAACCCGAUCCGGGUCUAGCACCCGGCAGUGGCGAGGUGGGCGAAUUUCCCUGCGACCGCUGCGAGGAAAUAUUCACGGCCAAGCGCACACUAACGAUGCAUUUGAAAAAGGCACAUCAGGUGUACCGGGUGCCGGGUGGUGCACGACCUGAUGAGCGCGAACGGAGCGAGUACGUGUGCAUCAUCUGCAAGGCAACGUUUGCGCGCGAAACUGUGCUAAAUACGCACAUGAAAAUGCACGAGCUGUUGGCGGCCGAAAAGGAAAAGGAACGUCGGCUCGAUCUCGAGCGGAUGGUAAAGCAGGAACUGCAGCAACAGAUGCAGAUGAAUAUGCCACCCUUACCGCCUCUAUCGCCGGAAGUGAUUGACCGUUCGGCUUGUGUGCUGGAACCGUUCGCCCUUGGGCUGGUGCCGGUAGCGAAACCGGGCACAAACAAUAACAAUAAUACCAGCAUCAACAAUAACAGUCCCCCGACUGCGCCAGCCGUUGGUGGAUCCGGUGGUCCAAGUGGUUCAGUGCAGAGCGGCAAACGCAAGGUGCCGAUAUCACCGGCAGCUCCUAGUGAUAUGGCGUACGUGUGUCCGGUCUGUGACAUGGAGUUCGACGAACGGGAUGCACUGAAGAAGCACCAGAAGGAGCAGCAUGCAAGGCUACAGGUUGGCAUCGUGUCGUCGAAGCUUGGUGACUCUAUCAGCCCGAACAGUAGCUGUAGUCCGCAAGCGAAGAUGAUGCCACGAUUUUCCGAUAUGCCAGGCAUGAAACGAAGGCUGAUGGAUGGUUCUGUACGGACGAGCAAAGAGCGACUGCUGACUAACACAACCACAAUGAGCUACAUAAACCAUGAGGAAUCAUUGGGACAUGAUGAGUCGCUGGAAAGCGAUGGUCAUUUCACUGCCGGCCUGUUACCAAUCGAUGACAUUCCCGCGAGUAGUGACCGACGGUCCGCGUCUGGUACCACAGCGACAUCUCCCGGCGAAGAACCAUUUCAGUUCCAGUGUGGACUGUGCCAUAAAAAGUUCUCGUACAACUGUUACUUAACGAUGCACAUGCGAAAGAACCACGAUAAAUCGAAACCUUUCGGCUGUAAAGUGUGCCAUUAUCGAUUUAGAUACCGGGGAACACUGCUGCGGCAUCAGCUUAUACACUCUUCGCAGCGUGUCCAGCCUGGGAGCCACGGUUCUAUCAUCUUCAAAUGUCGCAUCUGUUCAGCUAAAUUUUUGGAGCUGAAGCAAUUAAAUGUUCAUCUGAAAACUCAUCGAAAGGUGCCCGAGGUGCACGAUACCAGCCUCCAGGUACAGCUGAUCCAGUGCGACGAAUGUCCGCAAAUCUUUAGCGAACCGAAUCAGCUGGCCAAGCACAUGCUGAAGGAGCACCAGGAACAGAAUAGUACCGAUGAUGAGUUAUACGAUACGGUACAGCAUGCAGGACUGCUGAUGGAUCAAUCUGCGUCAUCUUUACGGGCUGAUAAAAGUUGUACCGGAGUUUCAACCCUGAACGAUCUCAAACUAAAUUCUGGCCAGUCGAAGAAUGUCGGUACAACUAACGAAGCAUUCUUGGACGAUGAUAUAUCGAUGAUCAAACUAGAGCCCACGUACGAUUGAACGUGGAUGUGUAGAUUUGGUUUAAUUUUCUUAUUUUUUAAACAAUAUUUCCCCCGUUCCAUUGCAUCGGAUGGAACAUAAUAAAAUAAAUAGCUAGAAAGGGCUUUAGCAAUAAGUGGGUAUGUAGUUGCGUGUGAAUGAAUAGAAAAUGGGAUCGUGUCAUGGUCGUAACAAGUAAACUAAGCGAUCUAAACCGUGUGUACAAUAUAAACCAAAUAAAAUGAAACCCAAUCAUCGAAGUAAAUUGAUUCUAAGCUGCCACAACAAACACAGGUUCCACUAUGUUUUGGUUAGCCAAAGAGUAUUUUAUCAAAACCUUGCCAACCGUUUGUGCUGGCAAAGGUAAUAGGGAGAAUAAAAAAUUAUCGAAAUAAACGAGAUAGAUUUAUCAAAGAUUGA